AGCACAGGGAGACAGGCGCCUUUUCUGAGCUCAUGUUGUCAGGCAAAAAGUUGCCGUCAAAUAAGCAUUAAUUUUUAAUCACCACAUCAAAAGAGGUACACUCGUAAGGCUCACUUACAUAUUAUGGCAACUAAAAAGAAGCGGACACACCGUGCAAACACGGACAGUUGGGUGGUCAUUACCGCUGACUCUGUCAUUGACACACAGAAGCAUGACAGUGACCCAGCUUUUGUGAGACUAAGGAAUCCCUCUACAGAUGCAGCAUCUUUGUAUAUGCUGGGGAGCGGUAACGUUCAGCUCUUUGAGGUCAAAGCAUUUGAAGAAGAUUUCCACUCCUGGUUUGUUGGCCAGACUGUACAGAGAGAUGGGAGGCUUCUUUUUGUUACACAGAUGGAUCCACUCUAUCUAAUUUUACCCUAUUUGAUUAAAUCUGGCAAAGAGGGGAAGUUUCAGCCAGUGAAUCAAGUUGUUAUGGAUGAAGAAUUCCCAGCUUGUUCAAGGCUGCUGAGCUGCACACGUUCUCUGGCCUCCCUUCACCACAUUGCAGAAGAAAAAGAGGUGGGCAGCCUGAAAUUCCAUCGGUACAGUCAAGAGAAGACACUGAAUUGGUUAAAGAAGAAGGUGGAGAGGACGGUCACUGCACUCAAAAAGAGACAGAUCUCCGUUGGUGAAGGAGUCAAAUCUUCAACAUUUGUAAGAGUGAAGAAAGAGUCUGACUACAAUGAGGAGGACAGCCUCCGCUACGCCCAUGGCCUGAUUUCAGAGUACAUCAGUGAAGACCUGAGCAAAGCGCUCCUCAGACAUUUGGAGUUACCGGAGCUCACAAGCCCAAAAGAGACAGAGCCUCCUUCAAAGAAGCGGAAACUUUCAGACAAUCCGGUGGAGGCCGGAGAGGACUACACCAAAUUCAACAGUGCAGAUUUUGCAAGGAAACCGCCUAAGAAGAUGACUACAGCUCAGAAAACUCUGGCCAAGGUGGACAAGACUGGCAUGAAGCCCAUGUCGUCGUUCUUCAGCCCCAAGGCCAAAACAGAACAGAAAUGAAUGAUGUACGGCUUCUGGUUUGUAGAUUACGUUUGUAAUAAAGAAGAGAAAACCUAA